AUGUCGGACAUGGAUUUGAGCAAAGUGGUAAGCUUAAAGUUUGUUACUGUAGUACACUUUGUGGAAUGGAUUGCCGAAGCCUUGCUUGGUUUGAAACACCUUCGUAUUAACGCUGGAUUGCAGGUGACUAUUACUGGGGCAGCUUCGGGAAUUGGACGAGCCACCGCGAAGCUGCUUGCAGCCAAAGGCUAUACUGUCUCGAUAGCGGACCGAAACUCGGAAGGACUCGAUGAAACGUUCAAGUCUCUUCGGGAAGCAGGAGUACCCCACCGUGUCAAGCACCUGGCGACCACCGUCGACGUAACCGAUAGUCAUCAAGUUAAUGCUUGGGUCAAUCAAACCUUGCAAGAAUACGGCCGAAUCGAUGCGGCGGCAAACAUUGCUGGUAUACUGUACGACGACAACUUGUUGAAAGACGAAACCGACGAACGGUUCACAAGAACGAUGAACGUUAACGUCAAUGGUGUCUUUUAUUGUCUCCGGGCUCAAAUGAAUGCCAUGAAAGACGGGUCGAGUAUAGUCAACGUUGCUAGUGUAGCAGCACACAGGGGGAUGAGCUUGGUUGGGGCGUAUUCUGCGAGCAAGCAUGCUGUGCUUGGCCUUACGAGAAGUGCAGCACGAGAAGCACCUGGAAUUCGAAUCAACGCCAUCUCACCUGGAAGGACUACUACACCCAUGACGGACACUGGAGAUCCUGUUUGGGGUGAUGGGCUUACCAGCCAACAGAUCAUGGUACGUAUGGCAGCGCCGAUCGAAAUAGCCAAAGUCAUUGCAUUUCUUCUCUCCGAUGAUGCUAGUUUCGUGACAGGUGCUACCUAUAUGGUUGACGGAGGAUGGUGCGCCUAA